AUGUAUCAAAAUCCAGAACCCAAUCAGCAACACGAUGAAUUUACAAUACCCGGUCAAAAUAGUCAUACUGAUGCAAAUCCAAAUCCAGACUUAGUUACAAAUACAAAUAGUGUUACCCAUAAGACAAGAAAUAGAGCUAGUCUACUGUGUUUUCCAUGCCGGAGAAGGAAAGUGAAAUGUUCGAGAGGUAAGCCAUGUGAUACUUGCCAGAAAAAGGGGAUUGUUGAUCAAUGUCAAUAUGAUGAGCGAUUAAACAAGAAACAAAAAAGAAAGUCUUUAAAAAAAGAGGGUAUAUCAGCCGAGCUGGAUAGAAAGAGAACAAAAACUUUGGUAGAAACCUUGCCCAUAACUUCAAUCUCGGGCGCAUCUUAUGAAGGAGAGGUAGCUACAAAGAUUGAGGACAACUUCUUAGAAAGUACCCCACGUGAGCGCUCCCCCGAUGUAUGUGUUUUGAUUGGUAAGUCUCAGUUGGAAGCUUUACAAGCUAAAGUCAAAGCAUAUGAGCUGCAAUUUAAAGAACAGCUAGUCAAACCACAAGGUAACAAUAACAAGGUGAUCCACCUACAAUCAGCAAAACCUGCUGAUUUAGUGUACAACAAAUCAAUCAAUACGUAUAGACAUGUUAUCUUUUCCGCACACGAAGAAUCACGGCCAGGUUAUGUUCCUUUGGAAAAUGUCACCACAGACACCGUAUUGGAAUACUCUACAGACAUGUCAGUCACCAGCGAGCUUCGUCUUUCUGAAUUAUCUCGACCUGAAAGAUCUUUACUCGGUAUUAACCCGUACCUCAGAUCUGAUGAGACAAUUGAACUUCAAUCAGAAAAAUCACAUUAUAACGACUUGAACAAACCAAAAAUGUUCUCACCGUUAUCGUGGUCCUACCUAUUGCGUAUUUCGCCAACCAUGCGAGCAUUGCGAAGCUAUGCUUCUGAGCAAAAAGAGUUGGAGAAUAUCAAGAGAGCAAGUAUAGGAAUCACAUACGAUCCAUUAAGGAAAUUAAUGCUUCCAAAAGAUGCGAGGAUCAAAUCCACUUUGCUUAUGGAUGGCGAAAAUUUGUCCAUCUUUGAAGCAAAGACAGAAGAAAAUCAAAAUGAAACGAUAGGAGAGGGGGAAAAGGAAAGAAAAAGUGGGGAUACAACAGCGGUAACCAAAAAAGCAAACACAACACCAUCGACUACAGCUCCUUCUUCUUCUUCCUCUUCUUCUUCUUCUUUUCUUUCUUCUCCUCCUCCUCCUCCUCCUCCGCUUGCUGAUGCCGCUACUACUACGCCUUUCAAAGAUGUACAGAAUCCAUCAGGUAAACUUAAUGUUACAACUUUUGCUUUAGGAUUGAGUGUACAAACAGGCGCGAAGGAACGGGAAAGCAAUUUGAUCGAACAAAUACAAUCGGUCAUUCCAAAAAAACGAGUUAUCUGGCUAUUAUUUAAACGAUUUUUGAAAUUGUUGUACCCCAUGAUGCCAUUCAUUAUUGAGAGCCAAUUUGUCUCCGCGAUUGAAAACAUUAUUGGCCCAGAAUUGUAUCAGGAAGUGAAACCUCAAAUAAGGAUCAGUAGUCGGAUAGAUUUUGCUAAUUUGGGGAUUCUUUUAGUUAUUCUUCGUUUAUCAUAUUUGUCCUUGUUUCACAAUCGUGGCUUUCAUAAUGAAAAGGUAUUAACAGACCCGGCACCCACUGGGGAAGUUGCUGAGAAAAAGUAUCUUCUUCUAAACCCAGUUAACAUUGAUACAGCGGAUAUUGCACUGGCUUGUUAUCAUCAUUUGGAAAAAUUGGGACAAGUCUGUAUUCCCACAUUACAAUGCGCAAUAUACCUCAGGCUCUAUCGAACUUAUGCUCCUGAAGAAGGCGAUGGCCGCGAUGGCGGCGAUAGUCAUAUCAAGACAUGUAAUUUAAUUGCAAUGAGCUAUAUGCUUGGCCUCAAUAGAGAACCUGAUAAAGUCACAGUCUCAAAGGAUGAGAAAUUGAAAAAUUUAUAUCGAAAAAUGUGGUAUUUCAUGGUUUCAGCGGAACAAAGCUUGACUUGUGCUUAUGGAUGGCCUAUGCUGAUCCGUAAGGAAUCUUAUGAUACCAAAAGGCCAUACUAUACCGAGCAAAAUUCUAAUUUGGAAAAUAAGGAAAUAGACAAGACUUGUUAUUUCUAUUUUGCAUUCAUAACCGCAUUAAUACGUGGGCCAGUGCGCAUGUUGACACAGCUAUAUUUGGAUGUUGAAGGAAAAGUCAAGGUAAUGGAGCUAACAAAUCACUUGAACCAUUUGGAACAGGGGGUGAAGUUACUUUUGGGCAACUUGAGCAACUAUAUGAGUGCAUUGGAAGAAAAAGAGCUUGGAUAUCGUACAAGUAAAAUGAUGAAAGUACAAGCUUUACUCAAAAUGAAUGCGUUUUUAAUGAUCAACUACCGUUACUUGUGCAACCAUUACGAGAAAUCUAAUAAGGAUUUGUGUUUUUUCUAUUUAAGAAAGCAGUUUGAACUCGCUUUCUUGGAGGACCUUCCUUAUAGUUUUGCCUUGAUCACAAAAAGUCAAGAAAUAUUUGGUGAAGGUGCUGACUUGUUUAUCAAUCCUAGUAUAAUUCAAAUUAUUGUCAAGAUUAGCGAUUUGUGUCUCACUGCGAUAGUUGUCAGUAAUGUUUCUUUGUUGAGACUAUCAAAUGACGAGAAUGCAACAACAAACAAGACAAAAGUGCAACAUGACCCAGAUUUUCAAAAAUUACUUGAUGAAACAAGCACACUUAUUACAUUGAUGGAAAAGAGUUGCCGUGUUUGCCUUGCAGCAUUGUCGAUGUUGAGUAGUCGAUACUAUUUGGCCUGGGAGGCGGUAAAGACUCAAAAUUAUUACUUGCAAAUAGCCACAAGCCCCAAAUUUUAUAAGGCGAAGCAUAAAGAAGCUGUGAAUUUCCCAACCCCAAACUAUCGAAGACUUCAGCAGCUCAACAAUAUUGCUUCUUCGGGGUUGGAAAUUUUACAAAAAUUGGUUUUUACUUACUGUGAAGAGGUUGAUCUUCCAGGUAUCUUUAAAAUGGGUGAUCCAGCGAGAGAAAACCACAGAAAUAACAAUAAGUCAACAUGUUUACUGACAGGGACUGAGCAAAGACAACAAUUUCCUACUAGUAGUGAGAGAAUUGAAAAAACUGGAAAAACUGGAAAAGCUAGAGAAACUGGAGAAGCUAGAGAAACUAAAGAAACUAGUAAAACUGAAAGAACUAGAGAAACUAAAGAAACUAGUAAAACUGAAAGAACUAGAGAAACUGAAAAAUUUGGAAAAACUGAAAAAUUGUCAACUGUUUCCAGUCAAACUAUUGAAACAAACUCUGGUGAGACCGUGGAUGAGGUUUCCCCACUUUCAGGCACAGAUCCAAAAGGAUUAUUUUUUGCUGGAUUUGAAGAUAUGACAUUUGACAACAGUGCCGAGAUUGAUUCAAUCUGGUUACAAAUGUUAUCACUCAAAUCCAAUAACCUGAAUGGGUUUUUGGAACAAGGUUACAAUCGUCGGGACAUGAGUAAUCCUUACCACUUGCGUCUGAAUAGCCAAGUUUCCCUGAUAGGAAACUACAAUAUACCUACAGAUGGCAUCAAUUAUGCAUCAAGUUCACAAAUGUAUCCAAUGAGUGCUAAUGGAGUACAAUCGGCUCAUCUACAAACACAAUCACAGUCUAUUGAAGGUGAGCCGCGUCGUCAGAUGCAACUGCCAUUCCCAUCAUUAAAUCUGUUUCAACCUCCGCAGCAAUUUUCCCCUCUGCUUCAAAAUCAGUCUCAAUCACAAACACAAUCACAAUCACAAUUUCAUUCUCAUUCUCAGUUUCAACCGCGGUCUCAAUCUCAUCUUGCACAUCAACCAAAGCCUCAGCCUCAACCUCAUCCUUCAACUCGUCAUCAGCCUCAAUCUCAACCUCAACCUCCAGAUUUGAAUCAAGCCGGACCAUCGCAUCCAUAUUCUUACCCGCCGCCAAAUAUCUUCAAUUACACCGACCUCUUUGAGGAUCUACCAUUAGAGAAACUUUUUGAUUUAUAG